UUCCUCAGGACUUCAGUUACCUCCCAGAGAAAAGUAUCAUCAGAGCAGUCGUUGACUUCCUCUCAGAGGCAGGAAAGAAAGGUCCAGAGGUCUGUCCUCCAGCUAUGGUUAAAGCCGCUCUGAACUCGCUGGCCUCAGUUGGAUCCAGUUCUCAGUACCCACCUAUCAACUGGAAUUCUGUUCUCUCUCCGCUAAUGAGGCUUAGUUUCGGAGAAGAUGUGCAGCAUCAGUGUGUGGUUCUGGCUGCCUGUCAGGCUCAGUCCUCCCAGAGUGCCUCUCUCUUCUUGGGCUCCUGGCUCUCACCGCCACUAGUGCACAGUCUCAGUGUAAGUACUGUCCGA